CUGCGCUAAUCCUCUGAAGUAUUCAUGUUUAACUGUCCCGCGGCGGAGUGACACGCAGGGCACACUUGUGGCUCUGAGGGCACAGAUGCUCUGCAUACAUGCUGCGCGUUUUAAACAAGAUACAUGCACAGGCUGAUAUAUUAGUGCUUCGUACAUUUAAACGCAUCUCUGAAGGAGCUUCUAUGCCAACGUUGCAAACCCGAACUGGCGGCUUGUGCUGAUCGCGCCCGUGACGAUUCCGCUGACGCGCCACUAGCCGCACCACCCAGGAGACGAGGGGAGAGCAGAGAGCGACGAGAACCGGUCUCUCUUUCUUUUCUCCUUCCUCGACGAGCGUUGACUGCAGCUGUGCAAGUCCCGUGGACGAUAUUAAACUAGCGUUAAUCCCAGCAUCACCCAGGCUGCAGAGAUGGAGGUACCAGGUUUGGCGCACAACAUCAGUCCAUUAAGUCCCUGCGCGGGGAUGAUCAAGGACUUGAGCGCAUUACAGUUAUGCGAGAGAGAUGGAAGUAAAUCCCAGGAUGGCAGCAUGGAGGCGCUCCCUGUUCCUCAGAACAUCAAGAUCAGCAACAUCACCUGCGACUCCUUCAAGAUCUGCUGGGACAUGGAGCCGAGCAGCAAGGAGCGCAUCACACACUACUUCAUCGACCUGAACAAGAAGGAGAACAAAAACUCUAACAAGUUCAAACACAAGGAUGUUCCCACCAAGCUGGUAGCCAAAGCCGUCCCCCUGCCCAUGACGGUGCGGGGCCACUGGUUCCUGAGCCCCCGCACAGAAUACACCGUGGCCGUCCAGACCGCGUCCAAACAGACCGACGGGGACUACGCCAUCUCCGAGUGGAGCGAGAUCGUGGAGUUCUGCACCGGCGAUUAUUCCACAGUGCACCUAAACCAGCUGCUGGUGAAAGCAGAGGUCAUCGCCGGCCGGAUGCUGCCUCUGUCUGUCUUCUACAGGAACCAGAAUAAAGAGUACUUCGACCAUGCCAGGGAGGAUCAGGGGAACAUGAUGCUGCAGGCGGUGAAAGACAACAGCGGCAGCCACGGCUCCCCCAUCAGCGGCAAACUGGAGGGGGUUUUCUUCAGCUGCAACACAGAGUUCAACACGGGCAAGCCCCCGCAGGACUCCCCCUACGGCCGCCAGCGCUUCGAGGUGAAGGCCGACUCGCUCUUCAACCUCGACACCAACCUGUACUUUGGAGACUUCUACUGCAUGUACACGGCGUACCACUUCGUCAUCCUGGUCCUGGCGCCAAAGGGCUCCGCGGGGGACGACUUCUGUAAGGGGAGGCUUCCUGCGCUGGACCUCUCCAAUAACAGUUUCCUCACCUGCAAGCAGGAGGAAGACGGGAGUCUGGUGUUCCAUCACGCCCAGGACGUGAUCCUGGAGGUGAUCUACACGGAGCCCGUCGACCUGGCGAUAGGCUCGGUGGGGGAGAUCAACGGGCACCAGCUGAUGAGCAUGUCCACGGUAAACGCCAAGAAGGACCCCAGCUGCAAGACCUGCAACAUCAGUGUGGGACGCUAAGGAUGUAGAGGAGGAAGGACUGACCUCUAAACACACAGGAAGACCACAUGUACUGACCAAGCAGACCAACACAUGCAUGAAGCAGCAGAUUUAGUAGGCUCCCAGACAUGCAGCAUAUCUGACACCGCUCUGUACUCUGAAAGAGUGGACGAUACAAAAAAAGAGGAAGGUACACACUCUGACACCUACACUGCUGUCUCCUCAUCUGAAAAGGGUUACCCUAAAUGUUGAAAACAUAAGCUAAGAUAUCACGCAUUACUGAGUCAUAGAAACCUGGGACACCAACACAGCUCAUCCAUCCUGCAAGUCAACACUGAAACCCUUUAACUGUAGGCUACUAACGGUCUGCUCCUAUUCAAUUUGCUGUUGUUACUUUAUACACUUGUUUUGUUAAUGCCUUGUUGUAUUGUUAUCCUGAGGGUCGCGUCCACUGUCUGUGUGGACGAGCAUUUAGUCGUUUCCUUUGACUGUUUAUUGAUUCAGAACUGUUUUCUUCUCAUUCUUCAGUAGAGCAUUUCAGACUAUUCCUUUGUACCUUCUACUAGUGGCAAAGACUGGAACGACAAUUUUCUAGGGCUGCAGCAUCGAUAGUCAUCUUUCUUUAUACCAAAGGUAUUCAAACCCAGACGUGAAACUGCUGUGGAAUCUUAACAGAACUAAUGCAACAGCCUCUAAAAUGAAAAAAAAGCAUGAUGCAGCUCUCUGCAGCAUGAAAGCUGUCAGCACCUCUACCAUAGCAACCAGCUCUGCUACAGCCGCUUUGAUUUAAAUGUAGUCUGUGAAAAGAAAGAAAGUAGAACCAUAAACUGUGUUGAGCAGAAUAAAUGUGAAAAAAUAUUUAUUUUUAUUGAUACAUUCAUAUAUAGAAAAUUAUAUAAACCAGAAGUGCACAAUGCCGAAAGCUCUGAUCAUUGUCAACAACUGCAUUUAGAGGGAAAUAACUUCAUACAAGCAAAGUGGGGGGGUACACACCAAUCUGAUAGCAGAGAGAAGUUGCACUACAAUGCCAAGCUUCACCAACGUUCACAUGUUUUCCAAGGUUAACAUGUCAAUUCAAUUCAGUCACAAUUAUAAAAAUAUGAAUGCAUAUCAUAGCACAAUGUAGGAUUGAAGAGCAGACAUGUACAAACACGACAGGAUUGUCUCAUUGAUUGCAUUUAAGCUUACACACUGUUUGCCAAGAAAGCACUUGUUUUUAAGAAAAUGCCGUUUCCGCUUUGGGCAAAGCUGUCCUGAAAGAGUGUUUUUGCAAGGAAGAAAGCAAGUUACAAAGUGGCAUAAUGUGCGUGAAUAAAAUAACUUGCAUGUAACAAACACCAAGUUGUUACAGCAGUCACCCCUGACAUAAAUUAGUGCUACAUUAAAUACACUUCUCAUCAGGUUUAUAUUAAGAUGCGUCAUAAUGACAAAGGAUCUUUUGGGACAAACCCGCAGUCAUGCUGCUUUUCAUUAAGAUGGUCACCAAUUUCCUCAGUUUUCCUCAUGUAAAGUGCGUCAACAGAAAACGACAUAAAACAAGACCAGAACCACAAGAUUCAGAACCUGAUUUUCAUAAAGGAUUGAGUCCGAUAAAGUCCCACUGUGAGUCACUCAGCUGCUCUUGGUUGAGUCCCGUUUACUGAGCAGGGCCUCCAGGAGGCGGAGCUUAGCUUUGAGGCUCUUAUACUGGCAGUACUCCUCCGCCAUUGGCCCCCGGUCCUCCUUCUGACAGAACCUGUUAGCGAAACACAAAGAAAAAAAGAGGCAAAACUUCAGUAGUUUCCAACAAACUGCAGCAGCUUCCAUAACUGGUUGAUAGUCCCUAUGUUGCCUUACUCAGAUAGCUUUGUACAGUGUGUAUUGUAAUCUUACUGUAUUUACUUUGGAGGACUAACAUGUACAGUACAAAGGACGUGAACAGAGCAAACGUCUAUCUCUUCGUCUCUUUCCCGAGCUCUCUGUGCGGUAUUAACGUGCGUGCAUUUCACUGUCGUACCAUAAGAUGGGAUUUCUUUUGUGGAUGUUUUUUCUUUGUUUUUCACAAGGCAUUGUUGAAAACCAAAUGUUUCAAGUUUAUUAAAAGAUAAAACAAAA